CCCUAAUCGAUUCUUCCGUAUUUUUUCUAAAAUCGUUGUCGGAAUCAUCUUACAGGUUUCUCGAUCUUUCAUUUCCAGCAUUUUUUCUGCUUCUCCAGGUAAAAAAAUGGAUCCGUAUAGAAGAUUGGGCGAAGGAAUUUGUGAUUGAUCACAGCAAACGCAUAAGCUUGAGUGUACUGGUAUUUAUGUUGUGUACGCUAAUCGACAAUAUGGGGUUACUCUGCAGUAGACAUCAACACAAUCAAGCUGAUUCUGAAGAGAAUGAGCAGACUGCAGAAAUAGAAAGGCGAAUUGAGCAAGAAACAAAAUCGGAGAAGCAUAUUCAGAAACUUCUGUUACUUGGUGCUGGAGAUUCUGGAAAAUCCACCAUUUUCAAGCAGAUAAAACUUUUAUUUCAAAGCGGGUUUGACGAGACUGAGCUAAAAGGCUACAUCCCAGUCAUCCAUGCCAAUGUUUAUCAGACAAUAAAAAUAUUGCACGAUGGAUCGAAGGAAUUAUCUUUGGGCUCAGCAGAUUCCUCAGAUUUCAUUAUAUCUGAUGAAAAUAAGCACCUCGGGGAGAAAUUUUCAGAAAUUGGUGGUAGGUUGGACUAUCCACGUUUAACCAAAGAGCUUGCACAUGAGAUUGAAACGCUUUGGAGAGAUAACGCCAUACAGGAAACAUAUACCCGUGGUAAUGAACUUCAAGUUCCGGAUUGUGCUCAUUAUUUUAUGGAGAAUUUGCAAAGAUUGUGCGACGCAGACUAUGUUCCUACAAAGGAAGAUGUUCUUUAUGCCAGGGUUCGAACAACCGGUGUUGUCGAAAUCCAGUUCAGCCCAGUUGGAGAAAACAAAAAAAGUGGAGAAGUAUAUCGACUCUUUGAUGUUGGAGGCCAGAAAAAUGAAAGAAGAAAAUGGAUUCAUCUCUUUGAGGGUGUUUCAGCUGUAAUAUUCUGUGCUGCUAUAAGCGAGUAUGACCAAACUCUUUUUGAGGAUGAUAACAAGAAUCGAAUGAUGGAGACAAAGGAACUCUUGGAGUGGGUCCUUAAGCAACCUUGCUUCGAGAAAACUUCCUUCAUGCUAUUUCUCAACAAAUUUGACUUAUUUGAAAAGAAGGUUCUGCAAGUCCCACUGAAUGUAUGUGGGUGGUUCAAGGAUUACCAGCCAGUUUCAACGGGGAAACAAGAAAUCGAGCAUGCAUACGAGUUUGUGAAGAAAAAAUUCGAGGAGUUGUAUUUCCAGAGCACUGCACCUGACCGUGUUGACCGAGUCUUUAAGAUCUAUAGAACAACUGCGUUAGAUCAGAAACUUGUGAAGAAGACUUUCAAGCUUGUAGACGAGACUUUGAGAAGGCGGAAUUUAUUCGAAGCCGGACUUUUGUGAAACUCUUCAACAACAGAAAGAAUCAUCAUUAUUACUACCUUAAAAAACAACAAAGAUUUUUGGAUUUUGACAGCUGAGGUUCAGCUGAAAUUUGGGUCUAUCAGGUACGGUUUUAUUAGUUGUAAUGUAGGAGAAGAAAAAAAACACUAGUUAUUGAAUCUCUUGGCUACAAAGGACAUUCCUACAGAAAAAAAAAAAGUUUUUUCCGAUGAGGACGGUUGAAUUACGGAGUUAUAUUUGCAAUAUUCAUCAGCUGUAAAUGAGUGCUCUGGCUGUAAAUCACAUUCAUUUUGCAUCAUAUUUAUCUUAUUGUUUUCAUAC